AUGGAGUUUGUUUAAUUUGAUGAUUUAAUUCGAUAUGGCUCUUAAUUAGCUGAUUUUGCUUUGAAUAUUGGUAAUUGAUGUUGUUUUGAUAAAUGCAUAGGAUUUGUAUUGGGUCCUCUAAUUGGAUACGUGGCUCAAUAUUAAUUGAUAAAGUCUUAAAAGAGUGUGGGCUCAUUUUCAAUCGAUGUGUGUGCAAUAUUAUUGUUUGCAAACUUGUUGAGAAUUGUAUUUUGGUAUGAAAAACGUUUUGAAAAUGCAUUAUUGUAUCAAUCAAUUCUAAUGAUAAUGAUGUAAGUAAUGAAUCAUACAAUAACCUUAAGAUUGAAUUGCUUAGGUCAUGUUUGACAAUAAUGAACAAAUCUGUAUUAAAGGCUAAGCCAGACUCAUUCUUUGAUAGUCCACUGAAUAAGUUUUGGAGAUGGAGUCAAUUGAACUCAUAUAUAGCAUGUUUGAUAACCUUCUUAAUUUUCGUUUUGCUUUCUAGUUAUUUGAAUCUGGCCAACCCUCAAUAUUGGGAAAUAAUUGGAUUUUUGAGUUGUGCAAUUGAAGUAGAAAUUAUUUUAUAUUGACUAGGCCACUUUGGGAUUACCUCAAGCCAUAAAGAAUCACUCAGCAAAAAGCGUCAAGGGAUUGUCUUAUGCUAUGAUAGGAUCAUGGUUUUUAGGAGAUGCAUUCAAAACAUUCUACUUUAUAGUUAAAAAUCAGCCAGCCUAAUUUGUGAUGUGUGGAGUGAUCCAAUUAAGUGUGGAUAUUUGGAUCAUGCUAUAAAUUGCAGUGUUUAGUUCUAAGAAAGGAGAUCUAGCCGAAAUAUGA